AUGACCUCUGCUGGCAAGAAGCAAUAUUACUCCCUUGCAUUGGUGAAGCGGCUCUUUGAGCAUCUACCACCUAAUAUGCUGGUCAGGUUGCUAUAUAACAUAGGAUGUCAACUUGAGCGUAGUUGUCAGAAGUGGGGCUUGCUUGAUGACUCUAUUAUAUCCACAUCAACUGAUGGAACCAACUGGUUUGUCUUCAAUGCCUAG